AAAGAGAGAGAGGGACAGGCAGAUUGUGUGUGUGUGUGUGUUGCUGUGUUAUAAUUGGAAAAAAUAAAUAAAUAACGAGGCAAAGGCUAUACAGCCUACGAUUGUCGAGAGACGAGCAGGACUCCAGAAGCAGUAAAGCACCCGGCUAACUAAAUUCUGUGAUUCGGUUUCACUUUCAGGCAACGUCGCAGCUGCUACCGCAUUUCAUUUAUGCUUCGAACAAAGAAACAAGAAAAGAAAACCAACUUUAUUAUGCAUAAUUAUUUGUACCAAUGUAAAAAAAAAAAAAUAAUAAUAAUAAUAUGCAUGAUGUGUGUGCGUGUUAUAUAUGAUGUAACAAGAACAUGAUAAGUGAAGUCGGCAAGGAAGCAAGACGCUCUCAGAGACACGUGUUUAAUCGGCUGGAUUCGGAAAUAUCGGCGGAAUUCUUCGAAGGAACUGAUUCUCCACGGAAUUCCUCACAAACAAUAACAAAUUCACCCCUGCCGCUUCUUUAUGAGGCGCUGCGAAGCGCGGCGUGUGCAAGCUGACGUUUGUUUGUCAUCUCUGUUCUUUUCACUCCCUUGCUUAUUAAAUACACACAGACACACACACGCAUAUUAAUAUAUAUUGUGUUAGCUCCACUGUCAGUCAUUCAGGCUGUGUUGACAUACAUACACACACACACACACACACACAGAUAUAUAUAUAUAUAUAUAUAUAUAUAUGUAUACAUACACACACACAGAUAGACAUUUGGCGACAUCAGCUGAAGACAACAUCGGAACGUAGAGUUGGGUCGGACCCCAAAUGCAAAAACACGAUUGUUUUUAUCCGGUGUUGUUUAUCAUCACCAUUGUUGUCGGAAUAUUAUUAGAUAAAAAAAAUGAAAGCGAAUGACACCAGUGAAUGAAGAAAAUUGCAAAAUAUACAAUAAUAAUAAGAAGAGAAAGAAAAAGACCAUUAGGCUUGGAAGAAUCGUUCCAAACCAAAAUUAUUAUAUGUAAGGAAAACUGAAGAAUAAAUGGUGAAGAAUGACAGCAUUCCACUCUGAAGUUGGUGACAAUAUUUAAAGUCCCAGCACUGAAGAUCCGAAUUGUACGGCUCCCAAGAAUCUGAAGGUACAGAACAACAGUGACAUUGUUUAAUAUUUCUCUUGCUCACCCUCUAUGUAUAGGCCUGUAUAUUAUGUCCACUUUGAGAGAUAGUAAAUAUGUCUUUUCACGAACAACUAACAAUUCUUCAGACACGUUACUGGAUUCUUCUGUCUCCUAGAAUGUAAAACAAACGACAAAUAUUUAUUUGCUGUGUGUUUGCUUUAUUCUAUUCUUAAUAUGCAUCGUUCUUUUAAAUCGCUGCUCACAGAAUCUUACUGCCAUUUAUUCGUAGUAUAUUCAAUAUAAAUGAAUAUAUUAGAAACGGAAAAAAAGAAAAACAAUGCUUUGAAAAUUGGAUUGAUAGAACAUUCAUUAAAUUUUUUUUUUUUACUGAUAAAUAGUUCGCUGAUAAAUAUUUCAUUUAUCUCUCUUUAACAUCUACCUUUAUACCUCACACACGUCUUUAUAAUUCACCUUAUUGCUGGGAAAUACAACAGCAGGUGACAUGGAGUAGCGAACCUUUUACAUGAUAUCAGCAGUAUUAUCAACACCACCUACAACCACACGGACAACAUAAGUUUUAUUUAAUUUAUCAUUAUUCCACCAAAUCAUUAUUGACAGCAAACACUGAGUGGCGUUCGGAAAAGUAUUUUUUUCAGUUAAAUUUCAACGUCAACAUCUUCAUGUCUUUCAUUUGUUGUAAAAGAAAGAAAAAGUUAUGUCUCGAGUGGAUGAUUUAAUGCCUUGCAUAACUGGUUCAAUUUUCGAUCAGGAACGUGUUGUAUUUUAUCGAAGAAUGAAGAUGAAACGAUUAUUUAAUUGCAGCAAGGUCGUAAAAAUAUCGUCAAUGUAUAAUUUUAUUACAACUCUAAGUCUGAUUUUAAUUAUUUUUGCUACAAAUGACUGUGUUGCGAAAAAUAUUUCUUCUCCUUCAAAUACACUUGAAUUCAACGUUUCCAAAUAUCAUAAUUACGAUGAAAUGACGACAUUCCUGAAGAAAUCUGUACAAAUUUAUCCUAAUCUGGCUCGAUUACACGAGCUGGGCAAAAGCGUUGAGAAUCGGACGUUGUGGGCUUUGGAAAUCUCCGAGUCUGUUGGUGUUGCCGUUCCGGGUAAACCUAAAUUAAAAUUAGUUGCUAAUAUACACGGGAACGAAGCUGUUGGUCGCGAACUGUUGCUUCGACUGGCCUGGUAUUUACUUCAAAAUUAUAACUCUACAGGUAUCGAUCGAAUUAGUCAACUUUUAAAAAAUGCAUAUAUCUAUCUGAUGCCAUCAAUGAACCCCGAUGGCUUCGAAAAAGCGAAAGAAGGUGAUUGCUCAGGUUCCACGGGUAGACUAAAUUCCAAUGGAGUUGACUUGGAUAGAAAUUUCCCCGAUCAGUUUGAUUCCAAGCCAGAACGGAGUAAGCCGUAUAUUGAACUGGAAACAAAAGCCAUCCAAAACUGGUUGACCCAAAACCAUUUUGUGUUGUCUGCAAGCCUCCACGGUAGUAACUUGGUAGCGGUUUACCCUUUUGAUAGCUUACCUGGUCAUAUAGCAAAAGGUCAUUAUAGCAAAUCCCCCGACGAUCCCCUCUUUCAGUAUUUGGCUCAUACUUAUGCCAAUGCCCACAAAACGAUGUCCAAGGGCAACACAUGCCAAGGAAAUAAUUUUACACAAGGAAUUACCAACGGUGCCUACUGGUCCAAUAAAAUCGGUGGAAUGCAAGACUAUAACUACGUCAGAGCUGGCUGUUUUGAAAUUACCGUCUACAUGUCUUGUUGUAAAUAUCCGUCCUCUUCACAACUUGAUGUGGAAUGGCAAAACAACCGAGAUUCCUUGCUGGACUUCAUGGACCAGGUCCACAUUGGAUUCUCCGGUUUUGUCCGAGAAGGUGACAGUAUGGUCGGAAUACCAAACGUCUCUGUUCAUAUCCAUGGUAACGCACACAACAUAACGACUUCAACUUUUGGUGACUUCUGGCGUCUCUUGCUUCCCGGUACAUAUGAUGUCACCUUCAGUGCACCCGGAUACAAAACUGUGACAUACACAGAUGUAACAGUACCCAAAGGAGAAAGUGUAAAAACUAUAGUAAAACUGUGGAAAUCGAAGACUGAUGAUUCUCAAAGCGACAAUCCCUCCGUAGUACCAACAGAGUUUUCCAUUACAAAGCAAAGGUCUCUGUCGUCAGUUCAAUCUCAGCCCGGGAGUAGACAGUGGCUCAUUGAAGAGAUAGAAAGGCUGGAAAUUACAGACACUCGCCAGGCUUUGCAGUUUCUAGAACCAACAACAUUUGAAUAUCAUCACUUUGAGGAACUUGAAGAGCUCUUGAAGACCAUUGUCGACAGGUGCCCUCAUAUUACUCGACUUUACUCCUUGGGCAAGUCCGUUCAAAAGCGAGAUCUUUGGGUGUUAGAAAUAACUAACAAACCUGGAGUUCAUAUGCCAGGCAAACCCGAAUUCCGCUACAUUGCUAAUAUGCAUGGCAACGAGGCUGUUGGACGUGAAAUGCUGUUGUUGCUGGCACAAUUACUCUGUGAGAACUAUGGCAGGAAUUCUCUGUUAACAAGUUUGGUUAACACAAUCAGGAUUCACUUGAUGCCUUCCAUGAAUCCAGACGGCUUUGAGAACUCCACAAAGGGGUUCUUAUCCUACCUCAGAGGACGCGCUAAUGCUCACAAUGUAGAUCUGAACCGGAAUUUCCCAGACCAGUUUGACGAAGAAUCUCUCAUACGGACACUUGAGCCAGAAACCCAAGCCGUAAUGGCCUGGUUUAAGUCAAUUCCAUUUGUACUGUCUGCCAAUCUACAUGGUGGUUCCUUGGUUGCCAGUUAUCCGUUUGACAAUACUCCCAAUGGAGAGAAUAAGUACAGCAAAUCUCCAGAUGACAAAGUCUUCAAAAUCUUGGCCAAAUCUUAUUCAUUCGCUCAUCGAAAGAUGUACAAAGGGGAGAAAUGCGACAAAGUCUCUAAAGGAUUUCCUGGUGGUGUAACCAAUGGUGCAGAAUGGUAUAGUUUAGCAGGAGGAAUGCAAGAUUGGAGUUACCUUAACACCAACUGCUUUGAAAUCACUCUUGAGAUUAGUUGUGUAAAAUUUCCAAACGCUUCAAGACUCCAGGAUUACUGGGAAGACAAUAAGUACUCCUUGUUGGUAUACAUGGCUCAAAUUCAUAAAGGUGUUCGAGGCUUUGUCCAAAACAAAAUGACGGGUCAAUUCCUGUCCAAUGUCAAAAUAUCAGUGUCAGGAAUUGACCAUGACGUGGUGACUGGAAAUGAUGGUGAUUAUUGGAGACUUCUGGCGCCGGACAAAUAUGAAAUCACUGCUUCAAAGUUUGGUUACAUAUCAGAGACUGCUCAGAUCAAGGUUUCCGAAGGGGCCGCAGUGGUUCUUAAUUUCACCCUAAUGGUUAACUCAAGCAUAGCAUUACUGAACGAAACCGAAUUCCUUCUGAGGAAAAAUGCUGAGGGUCCGCACUAUUUGCUCCUGCCCAAAAUCCGACGAUACCUUCAAGGGUUGUCGUCUUUCAACAGUGACAUCUUAAGCUACACGGAGACACGAGGCAAGGCCUCGAGGCUAACCCUGAUGGAAGUCCACAUGAGCGCCAACAAAGAGAACUCCCCGGGGUCAUUGAAACCUAGAAUUGCUCUGAUGGCAAACAUAAACGGAGACGAACCUGUCACCAGUGAAAUUUUAAUGAGACUCAUUAAAUAUUUAUCUCUUGGUUACAGAAAUAACGACACAAGCAUCAGAAACUUAUUAGAAAACACCCACAUCUUCAUAUAUCCAACCUUAAACUUAGAGAUGCUACACAUGGCAAAGCCUGGCUCCUGUUUGACUCAAAACCAAACACAUCAGUCUUCCAGUACAAAACAUAAAAUGAGCAGAUCUGUGAAACCUCUUUUAAUGAAAGCAUUCAGCAGAAACCGUUUUACUCAGGCCCUCAGUCUUGAAGCUGACGGCAAAACUGUGGAUUUCCCAUUUGAUAACAACCAGAAAGCUAAUUACAGUCAGAUCAAUCGAUUGAUCUUUAAGAUGUUGGCUGAUGCCAUUACCGAGACCAUUCCAAAGAACUUCACAGCCAACCAGUGCAAAAGCAAAGAAAAGCAUCUUAGACGUCCAGCCUCUAUUUUAAAGCAUGUCUUUGAAAUCUAUGGCACAUAUACGCUAGCCAUGCGUAUUGCCUGCUGUGAGUAUCCACCAUAUUCUCAAAUUGGUCAAAUUUGGUUAAGUAAUGUCCAGCCUUUAAUGAACUUCCUCAUGAAAUCCACUCAAGGUGUAUUAGGCCGAGUGAGUUAUCAGAACAAACCACUGCCUGGUGCGUCUAUAGCCAUUGAUGGUGGCUCUGAACCAUUCCAAGCUGAUAAAAAUGGGGACUUUUAUAUCAUGGCAACUGAAGGCCUGCAUACUUUAACAGUAACAGCUCCAGGCAAGAGCCAAAUGACCAAACAGGUGACCAUACACCCCAGUCAAUUAACGACCACCACUGCUGAAAUGUUGGUUCAGUUACAAACGCUCACUUAUCAUAACUAUGAUCAAAUGGUCAAGUUUAUCCAGAAUUUGAAUAAAAGCUGUUCUAGAAUUUUCUCCUACACCAGUCUAGGACAGUCAUCUGAGCAAAGGGAGCUCUUUUUGCUGACCUUAGGGAAGACAGUUAUAAAACAACAACCCAAAGCAACGAUUUUACUUGUUGGUAACAUCCAUGGUAAUGAAGCAGCAGGUCGAGAGAUUCUUCUCCAACUUUCCCAACAUCUCUGUCAGAAUUUUGGUAAAGACUACAUUGUCACAUCUAUCUUGCAGAACAGUUUGAUACAUCUGGUGCCUUCACUCAACCCUGAUGGGGCUGAAAAAGCAAACAAGACUAAAUGCGACGGCAAAGAUGGAAUUAAAAAUGCCAACAACGUUGACUUAGACACUGACUUCAAAAUUACAGAAGGAAACGGCCCCUCACAUGCACAACCGGAAACAGGGUCAUUCAUGAAAUGGAUGAAAGGAAAAUCAAUAACAGCAACAAUUGUAUUGAGGGCAGGAGAACCAGUUGUGGCUGCUUACCCUUACUAUGACAGUGAAACAAACAGACAUGCCGAAAGUGCAUACAAGAAUUUUCAGAAACGUUUUGCCAAUGAUUAUGUUAAUUACAUCGCAUCAGAUCCCCGCCAAAACUCUAAUUGCAGUUCCAAUUUAAACGCCAAGAAAUACAGCAGCAAUGUUGUUGUGGCCUCUAAAAUCAACAACCACACUGGAAGUCUACUGGAUUAUUCUUCACUGACAAACAAGUGUCCAGCUGUAAGCGUUUAUUUAGGAGGAUGUUGUUACCGUCCUCCGGAAGAAGAACUCUUACAAAUCUGGAAGAAACAUCAUUUACCAUUGAUUGAGCUAAUGAAGGAGGUGCAACAGGGAAUUCAUGGGAUAAUAGUGGAUAAUUCCACUGGUUUUCUGGUUGGUAAUGUGAGUAUCCAGAUCUACAAGUUAAAAACUACUUUCAAAAGUGAGGAUGGCCUCUUUUGGAUCUACUUACCACCAGGAUCAUACAUGGUGAUUAUAACAGCAGAGGGUUACGAAGACUGGGAAAAGGAUAUCCAUAUUGGUUAUAGGGAGAAUGUUGCUACUCUUGCUGUACGAAUGACAAAGAAAUCAACCAUUUUUGGCAUUCCUUCUUUUAUUGUCAUACUUUUUGCUGGAGCUCUCAUGGGGUUGGUGUUGAUGACUGUGAUUUUACUGAUGUGUAUGAAGUUCUGUGAAGAAGAGCGCUACAGAGAGCAAGGUUUUCACAAGAUUGGAAGUAGUCGGCUUCCAAAUUUCAAUGACUAUGAUACUGAUGAUGACAUGGCGGAUUUUACUGUUGGCGUGAAACUAUUGAAUAAACAUUAUCACGACUAUAGCUCUGACGAAGAGGAGGUGUUUGAUAAACGGCGGCGUGCCAAGUAUUAUUGA